GCCGGGGUUAAAACUGAAAGCUGGACGGGGAGCAGUCGGCAGUUUGUACACGGCGCGAGCCGGCCAAUGGUUGGAGAAUAAAGUUACACUUGAAGAGCACCCCGAUCUUGUCAUUCAUUCCUACAAGCUACUACAUAUGGCGACGAGGAUAAAAGUGGACAAUCAGGGGGUCGACGUGUCCAAGGGGUGGUAGCUGCUACAGUUAACCAGGUGGCGGCGGAGAGGCAAGAAAACACGUGGUUAUCGAGCUAGCAGAGAGGUCGGUGUGGACACUGGGGGAGACGAUGGCUGCCACAGUGGGUUCGUUGAUCCAGUUUGACAGCAAGGAGCAGUCCUGGGAAGAGUACUGCGAAAUUAUGGACCAUUUUUUCAUCGCAAAUGGGAUUGACGAUGCAGAUAAAAAGCGGGCGGUGUUGCUGAGCAGCGUGGGAGCGCAGACCUACGCGCUGAUGAGGAACCUGCUUAGCCCGGUGAAGCCCGGAGAGCGAUCCUACCAGGAGUUGGUGAGCCUGUUGAAGGACCAUUUUCACCCCAAACCGAGCGAGAUAACCCAGAGGUGGAAAUUUAAUACGAGGGACAGAAAGCACGUCGAAAGUGUGGGGGAUUACGUGGCUGAACUGAGGAAGCUGGCGCAGGACUGUAACUUUGGAGACACCUUGACCGUGAUGUUGAGGGAUCGGCUGGUCUGCGGCAUCAACGACAGGAUUCAGCGGAAGCUACUGGCUGAAGAAGGAUUGACCUUCGACAGGGCCUUCAAGAUGGCUGUGGCCAUCGAGGCUGCUAGCCGGGACAUGGAGGAUCUGCGGAGCAGUGGGGAUCACAGACGAGGAAGUCUGACAGCAGCUCCGGUGUUGGCUGUGAGCGGCAGUCAGCAGGGGCCGCCGGGGGACUCUAAAAAGUGCUUCAGAUGCGGAGGGACUAAUCAUCUAGCAAAUGACUGCAGGUUUGCCUCAGAGAAAUGUCACAACUGUGGUAAGAUGGGACACAUCAGACGGGUCUGUAGGAUGAGACUGGGGGACAGAGAAAAAAACAAGCAACUCAAAGGUGGGAGUGGGAGACAAAUGAAACAGACGCAUUAUAUGCAGGGGGAGAUCAGCCGGAGUGACAGUGAAGGGGAUGACAUGUUUCACCUGACAGAGAGUGUUAAAACAAUGUACAACAUGAGAGAUGAGAUUCGUAUACCAAAGGAAGAUCCUAUGAGGACACAGUUGGUUGUAAACGGUAAAGUGGUGACCUAUGAAGUAGACACCGGCUGUGGUUAUACCAUAAUGUCAAAAAAAUCUUUUGAUGGGUUGUUUAAAGACAGUAAGAGACCAAAGUUGUUGACGUGUGGGUUGAAGUUAAAAACUUAUGGGGGCCAUGUAGUACCAGUGUUAGGGGCUGCCAAGGUGAAGGUGCAACAUGGAGGCAGUGUGAAAAAUCUGGCGGUGGUGGUGGUCAAAGGCCCAGGGGCUAGUCUGUUGGGCAGGGGCUGGAUUAAAGCUCUCAAGAUAGAUUGGGAAAAGGUGAACAGCGUGCUGGAGGGGGAGGAGGCACUUCAGGAAGUGUUGGUAAAACAUGAAACAGUUUUUAAAGAGGAGCUUGGGAAGUUGAAAGGGUUUUCAGCAAAAAUAUGUGUGAAAAAGGAAGCAAAUCCUCAGUUCUACAAACCACGCUCUGUUCCAUUUGCUAUGAGACACAAGGUGGAGCAAGAAUUAGAGAGGCUCUUAAAGGAGAAGAUAAUUGAGCCAGUGAAAUUUUCUGAUUGGGCUGCACCUAUCGUUCCCAUUUUAAAGCCUGAUGGUACUGUGAGGAUUUGUGGGGACUAUAAGUUAACAGUGAACAAAGUAUCUGCAUUAGAACAGUACCCUAUUCCUAGGAUGGAGGACUUGAUUGCAUGCCUGUCAGGAGGAGAAAAAUACACCAAGUUAGACAUGAGUCAUGCAUAUCAGCAGAUCGUGUUAGAUGAGGAGGCCAGGAAGUAUGUCACAGUGAACACACCUAAAGGUUUGUUCACUUAUACAAGGCUUCCUUUUGGAGUGAGUUCUAGCCCUGCCAUUUUUCAGAGGACCAUGGAGAAUGUGUUACAGGGCAUCCCAAAUGUAGCCGUAUAUCUGGAUGAUAUUAUUUUGACAGGUAGAAGUGAAAAAGAACAUAUUCAGAUUUUGGAUCAAGUGCUCCAAAGACUUGAGGAGUCAGGUCUGCGUUUAAAAAGGAGCAAGUGUCAGUUCUUGGAGAAGGAAGUCAUUUUUCUGGGUCACAAAGUAGAUAAAACAGGGCUUCACCCUCUCCCAGCUAAAGUGAAAGCAGUUCAAGAAGCUCCUUCACCCACGUCAGUGACAGAGCUAAAAGCUUAUUUGGGAUUGCUAAAUUUUUACAAUCGGUUUUUACCUAAUCUGUCUACUCUGUUGGCACCUCUACAUAAGCUGCUCAGGAAAGAUGAAAAGUGGGUGUGGGGUCCUGACCAAGAACGAGUGUUCAAACUAUCCAAAGAACUGCUGCAGUCAGAUCGUGUUUUGGUGCAUUAUGAUGAAAGGAAAGAGCUGAUUCUGUCUUGUGAUGCGUCUCCAUAUGGGGUGGGGGCAGUAUUAGCUCACCGCAUGCCUGAUGGGCAGGAAAAACCUAUUGGGUUUGCGUCUCGCACCCUUGGGGCAGCUGAACGAAAUUACUCUCAGCUGGAUAAGGAAGGUUUGGCUGUGAUUUUCGGAGUACAGUAUUUCCACAAGUAUCUGUACGGGAGGAAAUCUAUUAUUUGUACGGAUCAUAAGCCCUUGGUCAGUCUGUUAAAUGAGAUGAAAGCGGUCCCUCAGAUGGCCUCACAGAGGAUAAUGAGAUGGGCAGUUCUGCUGAGGGCAUAUGAGUAUGUCAUAUUGUACCGAGAAGGUAAGAAAAAUGCUAAUGCAGAUGGGUUGAGUCGCCUCCCCAUAUCAGAAGAGUCAGACAAAGAAUCACCUGAAGAACAUGUAUUGGUGAUGGAGGAAAUGCAAGGGCCGGUAUUAAGGUCAGAGCAAAUAAAAAAGUGGACAACCAAAGAUCCAACCCUUGCUAAAGUACGAGAAUACAUUCAGAGGGGAUGGCCCAACCACAAAAACAGUGAGUUGAAGCCUUUUGAAGUUCGAAAAGAGGAGUUGAGUGUGCAAGACGGUUGUGUUUUGUGGGGAGCAAGAACUGUAAUGCCUGCCAGGGCCCAACCUUACAUGUUAGAGCAGCUAGAUCCGGCUCAUCCUGGGAUGAGCCGGAUGAAAGCAUUGGCUAGGAGUUAUGUAUGGUGGCCUCAUAUGGACUUGGACAUAGAAAAGAAAGUUAAAACGUGCACGGUGUGUCAGGAACAAAGGAAGGCACCUGAACACGCUCCGCUCCAUCCUUGGGAGUGGCCUGAUAAACCCUGGAGGAGACUUCACAUUGAUUAUGCGGGUCCAUUCAUGGGAAAAAUGUUUUUGAUCAUUGUGGAUGCACAUUCCAAGUGGUUAGAUGUGCAUCCUGUGGCAUCCGCUACCGCUGCAGCUACAGUGGAGAGUUUGAGAAGCAGUUUUAGUACCCAUGGCAUUCCGGAGAUGAUCGUCUCGGACAAUGGUCAAUGUUUUGUGAGUGAACGGUUUCAAGAGUUUGUUAGUCGCAAUGGCAUCACUCAUGUGACAGCAGCACCUUAUCACCCUUCAUCCAACGGGUUGGCUGAAAGAGCCGUACAGACAUUUAAAGAACUCAUGAAGAAAAGCAAAGGAGAGACGUUGGAGACCAAAGUAAACAGGGCUCUGUUUUCUUAUCGCAUCACACCUCAAACUACUACGGGGAGGUCUCCAGCAGAGCUGAUGAUGGGCAGAAAAUUGAGGGGUCUGCUGGAUUUUGUACAUCCAGACUUGAAAGAUAGAGUGGCCAGAAGGCAAGCAAAACAGAAAGAACACCACGAAACAUUGCAGACAGCGCACCUUUGAAGCGGGAGAUCUGGUGUACACAAGAAACUACGCCAGUGGUCCACAGUGGAUUCCUGGUUUGAUUGAGGAGAUGACAGGACCUGUGUCCUGCAGAGUUGUUCU